GUGUUGUUGUUGGUACUGCCGUUAGAUUUUCUUCUUGGUGUUAUUAUUGGUAUUGCGUUAGAUUUUCUUCUUGGUGUGUGGUCUCACACGUUUCUCCAGUAAGUAGUCUUGUAUAUUUCUUUAGUGGUGGUUUUGUACGUUUCUUUGGUGGUAGUCUUGCAUAUUUUUUUGGUGGUCUUGCAUGUUUCUUUAGUGGUG